UUUUUUUUUUGACUGACUUUUAUACACAUUUUCACCAAAUAUCAGCUGGCAUACUACAAUUCGUAUUCCAUAGAUUCAAAAACUGCAUUUGAGUAGCAAGACUCGGCUGCAAGAGAUUACCAAGCUGCUCGCUAGUUAAAAAAUAAUUUGUGGGAAGGAAUUUGAAAUAGUCACAAUAUAUUAAAGUAUGCUUAGCUCUGAUACCUGCUGAAAUGUUGUCAGCAAUCGUAAAGGAACAUCAGAGCAAACAGAGUGCCAGAAAGGAGAGGCAAGAGCAAAAACGCAAAGAAGCAGUGCAAGCAGCAAACAAUUUGACUCAGGCUCUUGUCGAUCACUUAAACGUUGGUGUUGCCCAGGCAUAUUUAAACCAGAAGAGACUGGACGCAGAAGCUAAACAACUGCAGCACAGUGCAACGAAUUUUUCCAAACAAACACAAGCAUGGCUCAAUCUGGUCGAAGGUUUUUCCAGUGCGCUGAAAGAAAUUGGUGAUGCCGAAAACUGGGCAAGGAGCAUAGAAGGCGACAUGAGAACAAUCGCUACUGCUUUAGAAUAUUCUUACAAGGCAACUCAAGAAGUACAGGGAGCACCACCGGUGCACGAGGGUCCACGAUCUUCAACUCAGUAGUUACUUUGAGUUAAAAUUAAUCCAUUUAUGGACAUGUUUUCUAACUUUUAAACAAUGAAAUGUACAAACAUUUGUUACCAGCAGUUACGUAAAUUUGGCUCGCAGAAUAAACGAUUUAAAUAAGA